AUCGCCCCUGUCCCGGUGCGACGCGUUUCCAACGGACCUCGGCCAUUUUCGCCUCAGCCUUCGAACGGACACGACGUUGCUCUUCAUCAGGGAAAAUCAGGGCAACGAUGAAAAUCCCAGGUGGGCUUUUUCACUGAACGGUGGAUUUCGUCCAUCGGUGAAAAUUUGAAGAAAACAGUAAUAGAUUACAACCCCCUCCAAAGGUCUGAGGAGAGGAAGCCAUGUAUUUAUACAACUUGACACUGCAGAAGUCAACUGCGAUUACCCAUGCGGUCCACGGCAGUUUUUCUGGGACGAAACAGCAAGAGAUCCUUGUGUCGCGUGGGAAGUCUCUUGAGCUGCUCAGACCCGAUCCCAACACCGGCAAGGUCCAUUCACUGCUCACUAUCGAGAUAUUCGGCGUCAUACGUUCUUUGAUGUCAUUCCGUUUAACCAGCGGGAACAAAGAUUAUGCUGUAAUUGGGUCAGAUUCUGGCCGUAUUGUCAUUCUUGAAUAUAAUCCAACAAAAAACGUUCUUGAGAAAGUCCAUGAAGAGACAUUCGGGAAAAGUGGGUGCAGGAGGAUCGUUCCAGGUCAGUAUUUGGCGGUCGACCCGAGAGGAAGGACUGUUAUGAUCGGAGCGAUUGAAAAACAGAAGAUUGUUUACAUCUUGAACAGGGACAGUGAGACAAGGCUUACUAUUUCAACACCGUUAGAAGCACACAAAAGCAACACACUUAUCUACCACAUGGUUGGUGUGGACGUUGGUUUUGAAAACCCUCUUUUUGCCUGCUUGGAAAUUGAUUAUGAGGAGUCUGACAACGACCACACGGGUGAAGCUGCAAGCAAGACACAGCAGACAUUAACAUUCUAUGAGCAAGAUUUGGGAUUGAAUCAUGUUGUGAGAAAAUAUUCAGAGGCGCUCGAAGAACAUGCCAAUUUUCUCAUUUCUGUUCCCGGUGGGCAUGAUGGACCCAGUGGAGUCCUUAUUUGUUCUGAGAAUUACCUGACAUAUAAAAACCUUGGAGAACAGCAUGACAUACGAUGUCCGAUACCUCGAAGACGAAAUGAUCUUGAUGAUCCCGAGCGUGGCAUGAUAUUUGUAUGUUCGGCGACGCACAAGACCAAAUCUAUGUUUUUCUUCCUCGUUCAAACUGAACAGGGCGACAUAUUUAAAGUGACACUUGAAACAGAUGAGGAUGUGGUCACUGAAAUCAAACUUAAGUAUUUCGACACUGUUCCGGUUGCCGCAGCGAUGUGUGUCCUGAAGACAGGUUUUCUUUUUGUAGCUUCUGAAUUUGGCAACCAUUAUUUGUAUCAAAUUGCUCAUCUUGGUGAUGAUGAUGAUGAGCCUGAGUUCAGUUCAGCGAUGCCUUUGGAAGAAGGUGAUACAUUCUUCUUUGCGCCUCGUCCCCUGAGGAACCUCGUACUCGUGGACGAGAUGGAUUCCCUGUCUCCCAUCCUUGACUGUAAAGUCGCUGAUUUAGCUGGAGAGGACACACCACAGCUAUACAUGGCAUGCGGCCGCGGGCCGAGGUCGACUUUGCGAGUCCUGCGUCACGGGCUCGAGGUAUCAGAGAUGGCUGUUUCUGAACUUCCAGGUGCACCCAACGCAGUCUGGACAGUGAAGAAGAGGUCUGAUGAUGAGUUUGACGCCUACAUUGUCGUUUCUUUCUUGAGUGCCACUCUUGUCCUUUCAAUUGGUGAAACAGUCGAGGAAGUUGCGGACUCCGGAUUUCUCGGUUUCACUUCGACAUUGGCCUGUUCAGCAUUGGGAGAUGACGCUGCAGUACAAGUUUAUCCAGACGGUGUUCGUCAUAUAAGGUCGGACAAGAGGCUUGACUGGAAGGUAUCCGGUAAGAAGCAGAUUGUUAAAUGUGCUGUGAACCAGCAUCAGGUAGUCAUCGCACUGACUGGCGGUGAGAUAGUCUAUUUCGGCAUGGAUGCAACUGGUCAGCUAAAAGAGUAUAAUCAGAGGAAGCAGAUGCCAGCUGACGUUGUAUGCAUGGCAUUGGGGAAUGCACCGUCCGGCGAGUCAAUGUCUCGAUUCGUCGCCGUCGGACUUGCCGACAACGCCGUCAGGAUAAUAUCUCUUGACCCAACUAACUGUCUUUCAAUACUUUCGAUGCAAGCCGUCCCUGCGCCUCCAGAGUCAUUGUGCAUUGUAGAAAUGGGUGGCGGUGAGAGUUCAAGGGCUACGCUCUAUUUGAAUAUAGGACUGCACAACGGUGUACUCUUGAGGACAGUGCUCGAUCCAAUCACGGGCGAUCUGGUCGAUACAAGGACAAGGUACUUGGGAACAAGGCCUGUCAAACUUUUUCCAAUUACCAUGCACGGACAGCAAGCAGUUAUUGCAAUGUCAAGCAGGUCGUGGCUUAGUUACUGUUACCAGAGCAGAUUCCAUUUGACUCCUCUUUCUUACGACUCAUUGGAGUACGCUUCCGGCUUUGCGUCUGAACAGUGCCCAGAGGGCAUCGUGGCCAUAUCUGCGAAUACACUUCGAAUCCUUGCCCUUGAGAAGCUCGGUGCGGUUUUCAACCAGGUAUCUUUCCCCCUCGAAUACACGCCACGCAAGUUUGUCGUUCACCCUGAGAACGCCAACCUCGUCAUAAUUGAGACUGAGCACAAUGCUUAUACCGAGGAAACUAAGAAGCAACGCCGCAUCCAAAUGGCCAAGGAGAUGGAAGAGGCCGCCGGCGAGGAUGAAGCGGAGAUUGCAAAAGAAAUGGCAGAGAACUUCCUGUCCGAAGACCUACCUGAGAGGACUUAUGGUGCACCGAAAGCCGGCAGUGGAAUGUGGGCAUCGUUAAUUCGCAUCAUGAACCCAGGAACCGGUAGCACUGUUUCUACAACCCGACUGGAUCAAAAUGAAGCCGCAAUUAGCCUGGGCCUCGUGCGGUUUUCUAACAUGCCUGAACAUGAGCUUUUCCUCGUCGUUGGCGUAGCAAAGGAUUACCAACUCAAUCCACGUUCAAUUAGUGCUGGAUUUUUAUAUACUUACAAGUUUGUAAACCAAGGUAUGGAGCUAGAGUUAGUUCAUAAGACACCGGUUGAUGAGCUGCCAACGGCAGUCUGCUCGUUCCACGGCCGCGUGUUGGUCGGCGUAGGUAAGCUGCUCCGUCUCUAUGACCUAGGUAAGAAAAAACUUCUUCGAAAAUGUGAGAACAAGCACAUACCAAAUAUGAUCGUCAGGAUCGAGUCGAUGGGCCGGCGGGUCUACGUAAGCGAUGUCCAAGAAUCUGUUUUUCUUUUACGGUACAAAGCUGCAGAAAAUCAGUUAAUAAUUUUCGCAGAUGAUACACAACCGAGGUGGAUUACAACAACUGCUAUCCUUGAUUACAACACUGUAGCGAUCGCUGAUAAAUUCGGCAACGUCGCUGUUAUACGCUUGUCCAGCAAUGUCACGGAUGACGUUGACGAGGACCCGACAGGCAAUAAAGCCCUGUGGGACCGUGGGCUGCUCAACGGGGCGUCUCAGAAGGCAGAUUUCGUCGCUAAUUUCCAUGUCGGCGAGGUCGUGACGUCAUUGCAGAAAGCCACACUCAUACCAGGAGGGUCGGAGUCUCUAGUGUACACGACGCUCUCUGGUUCCGUGGGUGUACUGGUGCCCUUCACGUCGCACGAGGACCAGGACUUCUUUCAACACCUCGAGAUGCACAUGCGAUCGGAAAACCCACCUCUGUGCGGUCGUGACCACCUUUCCUACCGUUCAUAUUAUUUCCCAGUAAAGAAUGUAAUAGAUGGUGACCUCUGUGAACAGUACAACUCGUUGGAGCCAUCAAAACAAAACACGAUAGCAGUCGAACUGGAAAGAAAACCGAAUGAAGUUUCGAAGAAGCUAGAAGAUAUAAGGACGAGAUACGCGUUUUAAAAAGCACCUUGUGUUUCCUCACUCCCUUCACAAAUUAUUUUUUAUAUAAAAAUACGCUACUUUCUUUAUUUAAAAAAAAAAAAAAAAAAAAAAAA